CACUUUUCAGCACCGCUGCUUCCGGGCCGCGUGAGUGUGGUUCUCGCGCCUGCUGCGGGUUUAGGAGCGGUGUUGGUGCGCAGUGCUGUGAUUUUCUUCGCGGGCCGGCUUCCCUCCCUCCGGACCAUGGCUACCGACUCCUGGGCCCUGGCAGUGGACGAGCAGGAAGCGGCUGUCAAGUCGAUCAGUAAUUUGCAGAUCAAGGAAGAGAAAGUCAAACCAGAUACCAAUGGUGUGAUCAAAACCAAUGUCACGGCAGAAAAAGCAGAUGAGGAAGAGAAAGAGGACAGAGCUGCGCAGUCCUUACUCAACAAGCUGAUCAGAAACAACCUGGUCGAUAACAGAAACCAAGUGGAAGUCCUGCAGCGGGACCCAAAGUCUCCGCUCUACUCGGUGAAGUCCUUCGAGGAGCUCCGGCUGAAACCGCAGCUUCUUCAGGGAGUCUACGCCAUGGGCUUCAACCGUCCAUCCAAGAUACAAGAGAACGCAUUGCCUUUGAUGCUUGCUGAGCCCCCACAGAACCUGAUUGCCCAGUCUCAGUCUGGUACUGGUAAAACGGCCGCCUUUGUCCUGGCCAUGCUCAGCCGAGUGGAACCAGCAGAGAGAUACCCCCAGUGCCUGUGCCUCUCCCCAACGUAUGAGUUGGCGCUUCAAACAGGAAAAGUGAUUGAGCAGAUGGGCAAAUUUCACCCGGAACUAAAGCUCGCUUAUGCUGUUCGAGGCAAUAAGUUGGAAAGAGGUCAAAAGAUCAGUGAGCAUAUUGUCAUUGGCACCCCUGGAACUGUUCUGGACUGGUGCGCCAAGCUCAAGUUCAUUGACCCCAAGAAGAUCAAGGUGUUUGUUCUGGAUGAGGCUGACGUGAUGAUAGCUACUCAGGGCCAUCAAGAUCAGAGCAUCCGCAUCCAAAGGAUGCUGCCCAGGAACUGCCAGAUGCUGCUUUUCUCUGCCACCUUCGAAGACUCUGUAUGGAAAUUUGCCCAGAAAGUGGUCCCAGACCCCAACAUCAUCAAACUGAAGCGUGAGGAGGAGACACUGGACACCAUCAAGCAGUACUACGUGCUGUGCAAUAACAGAGAUGAGAAGUUCCAGGCCUUGUGUAACCUGUACGGGGCCAUCACCAUUGCUCAAGCCAUGAUCUUCUGCCAUACCCGCAAAACAGCCAGUUGGCUGGCAGCAGAGCUCUCCAAAGAAGGCCACCAGGUGGCCCUGCUGAGCGGUGAAAUGAUGGUGGAGCAGAGGGCUGCAGUGAUCGAGCGCUUCCGAGAGGGCAAAGAGAAGGUGCUGGUGACCACCAACGUGUGUGCCCGCGGCAUCGACGUUGAGCAGGUGUCGGUCGUCAUCAACUUCGACCUUCCAGUGGACAAGGACGGGAACCCUGACAACGAGACCUACCUGCACCGGAUCGGGCGCACUGGCCGCUUCGGCAAGAGGGGCCUGGCCGUGAACAUGGUGGACAGCAAGCACAGCAUGAACAUCCUCAACAGAAUCCAGGAGCAUUUUAACAAGAAAAUAGAAAGAUUGGACACGGAUGAUUUGGACGAGAUUGAGAAAAUAGCCAACUGAGAAGCCCCACCAGUCCCUGCACAGGAAACUAGUUCUUGCACCACACAGGCCUGGACAGUCAGCGAAAGAUAAAGGCAUUCGCAGAGAGAAACUACCUACCUCAUUUUCAAUUACGUUUGGACUAGACAAAAAUUAUGCAAAUGAUUGGGGAAGGUAGAAGGGAAAUUUUGCAUUUUGGAAAAUUUAGUCCUAUUUCCCCCAUUUUUUAAAGCCAUGGUUUCCCCCAUCUUUAUAAUAUCUGGUUGCUAUUGGUAGUCACUGGCCCCAGAUCCCCUUCUAUUUUCUGGAUCGGGUGUUGGGACCAGCCUGCAGCCCCUGAAGAAACUGUCGAACAUGGGAGAGGCCCACUGCAGGGGUGGAGCACGGGUGUGACAUGGCGGCAGAGGCCGGUGAGCUGUCCCUCUGCUGUGUCCCUGACUGAGAUCAGUCGCAAGUGUCUCCUGCCCUUGGGGCCACUUCCUUUUCCUGAAAUCCAGGGAUGUCCCAGUCGGUCCCUUUAGCCUCUGCUCUCUGUGCCAGAGGAUGUGCCUGUUUCUCCCUGGGUGAGCAUCGUGGCAACCUUUGUCAACCUCAGAUUGGGCGGAAGCAUGGACGUCAGCGAAUCCUCAGAAGGGUUCGUCUGGCAGGGGCAGGUGACGCCUUCAAGGAUCUAGGCCUGACGUGGCCCCUUGCAGCUGUCUCUCUGCUCAGGCACCUCGUAGUCAGUCCUGGCAGCCCGGAGACCCUGGGCAGCGUUCUGACCAGUGGCCAGCCAAGUAAGCUGGUUCUCACCGUGGGGUGUCCACUCUGCCUGCAGGUGAGCGGCGCAGUUUGGAAAUGAAGUUAUGACCAAGUGAAAACUGGAUUAUGCUGUUCGUCCAUAAUAGUGGAUCUUUAAUUCAUACACAGUAUGAAUAUGGACAAAUAAAUUAGAGCCCUGCCCAUCCUUCAUUAUGUUAAAAAAUUUUUAAAUAUGAAACAUUUUACUAAUCUUGAUUUGUAUUUUUCUGGUUAUUAGACUAAUAUAUGGUCAUAAAGAUAUACUGGGGUGUAUACUUACAUAAAUAUAGUGCAAGUGUUUUCUGUCCCCACCUCCCUGGGUCACCACUGCUAGCAGCUUGGUGAACGAACAGUGUAUUUAUUGUCUUCUGUUUGCAUAUACCAACCCACUUUGCUUUUUAAAAAUGUGAGCAUUUUAGUCACACUCUUGUGCGAUCUGCCAUUUCACUUACCAGCGUACUUCGGCAUCAUUCCAGCGUGUGGCUGCCCGGCAUUUAUUUCAUGGCUGCCCCCACGAUGGGCACACGGCACCCCCCGAGGCCACGCUCACCCUGGGCCCCACAGAGACUCGCUCGGGGGCAAGUUCCUCGAGGAGAGCUGUUGAGUCGGAGUAGGGGCAUCGGAUUUUCAAUACGUUGCUCACUUAGUUUGCCAAAGAUUUUUAUCAAUUUAUGUUACUGCAAUUAUACAAAAAUGCUGCCUAUUUUCUUAACUGCUUGCGAACCCUGUACAUUACUAGAUUUUAAAAUGUUGCCAAGGUGAACAUCAAAAAUUAUCAUUGCUUUUUGGUUUUGUAUUUAGUGAGGUUUGGCAAAUCUUCCGUUUAUUGGAUGUUUGUAUUUUCUCUUGGGGCGCUGCCCCCUCUUGUCUCACCAUUUUACUACUGGAUUGUCAAUCUUGAAUGAUUUUUAGCCACCUUUCUAUUUUAGGGAAAUUAAACUUUGUCUUGAGUGGUA